UCACCCAGGACUCAGAAAUCUUCCAAUUCCACUGUGUAAAGAACUGGGAGCCAAUGCUGAAAGCCAAUGUGAAGAGUAAUUCCUUUGGGAACAAACUGUUUGGAGACCCUGCUGUUGAUCAGCAGGGAAUAUCGCUGAAAGCCCUCCCUCGGGGUGAGGAAACAAAAGUUGUCUUGCCUUUCGCAGAGAAUGCACAAUUGGAGCUGCAGCUCAGGGUUAAUGACUGCUUUGGAGAUGUAGAUGUACGUUUGGGAUGUGAUCUCUGUGCUGCUGAGCAAGACUUCCUGUAUAAGAGGAAGAAAGUGGUUGCCAGUGCUCUAGAAAAGGUUCUUCUGCUGGACCAGAAGUUGCAAGGAGAUGAGGUCCCCGUGAUAGCUGUCAUGGCAACAGGAGGGGGAGCCAGGGCCAUGUCAGCAUUCUAUGGCCACCUCUUUGCUCUUCAGAAGAUGAACCUCUUAGAUUGUGUUACAUACCUCACUGGAGCUUCUGGCUCGACAUGGACAAUGAGAAGUUUGUAUGAAAACAAUGACUGGUCACGAAAUGACCUGAUGGGCCCAAUCCUCAAAGCACAGGAAUAUAUUGCCAGGAACAAGUCAAGUGCUUUCUCCUUGGAGGCAAUAAGGCGCUAUGAUGUGGAGCUGAAACAGAGAGCCCAAGAGGGACACUCAGUAUCUUUUACUGAUGUGUGGUCACUUGUAAUUGACCAUAUGUUCCAUGAUGAGCAGAAUGAGAGCAAACUCUCAAAUCAGCAACAGGCAGUGAGUCAGGGGCAAAAUCCACUACCCAUCUAUGUGGCCCUCAACAUCAAGGAGGACACCAAAAGCACGUAUGAAUUUAAAGAAUGGUGUGAAUUUUCCCCUUAUGAGGUAGGAUUUUCUAAAUACGGGGCCUUCAUUCGCUCGGAAGAUUUUGGAAGCGAGUUCUUCAUGGGACAACUGAUGAAGAAGAGAACCGAAUCUAGGAUCUGUUAUUUGGAAGGAAUUUGGAGUAAUAUAUUUUCCUUGAAUUUGGUGGAUGCCUGGAACUUGUACAAAUUCUGGCAGGACCCUUUCCCAGGCAAAGAAAAGGAUGACAGCACAAGCAGCAGCCCCUCUACAAAGCAGUUCUUUGAAGGUGCGACUGCUUGUUUAACACCACUGACGGAUGUAUCCAGCACCCUCAAUGGAGUUCUGACCCAUCGUCCACUUGGAGAAUGGAAGCCUAACUUCUUGAGAGGUCUCCAGCUGCACAAAGAUUAUUACCAACAUGAAACAUUCUCUAUGUGGCAAAACAAUAAUCUGGACCAGUGCCCCAACCACCUUACACCGCUGGAAAAAGAGCUAUGCCUAGUUGAUGCUGGAUAUUUCAUUAAUACCAGUUUCCCUCCACUGUUAAGAAAGGAAAGGAAAGUGGAUGUUAUCAUAUCAUUUGACUACAAUGUAUUAGAGACCAGGUUUCAUUCUAUAGAACAGAUGGGCAAAUACUGCUUGGAUCAAGGGAUCCCUUUCCCUAAAAUUGUGCUGACUGAAGAAGACAAGGAGAAUCCAAAGGAGUGCUAUGUUUUUGAAGACAAAGCAAACCCAGAAGCUCCAAUUGUACUUCAUUUCUCACUGGUGAAUGACUCUUUUAGGGAGUAUAAAAAACCUGGAAUUAAGCGCACCUCUGCAGAACUGGUUAAAGGACAGGUGGAUUUUGCCAGUUCGACAUCACCAUAUAAAACGACAAAUUUGACUUAUACCAAGGAUGAAUUUGACAAACUGCUAAACCUGAGUGACUAUAAUGUCCAGAAUAACAGAGAACUGAUUUUGCAAACUUUCCUGAGAGCAAUAGAAAGGAGAAAAGUUAGUGAAAAGUGA